CCCAAAACCAGCAUUGAAAUUAGGUUGUUAAUUAUUGAUAAUUACACGAAUGUAGGGUCGUUUUGUCUGAAGAUCCCCAAUUAGUAAACGCCAGCUAUAUAUAUUUAUUACUAAAACACUUCUCAGAUUAUAUAAUUCUUAUACGUUUAGUCUCUACUCUCCAUCUAGCUAGGGGUACAUUUUUAACUCUGAACAAACUUAUUACUAAAUCCAUCCAAAAGGUUAUUAGAUAUCCAUUAAUAACUUAACUUGAUGCAUUAGCCUCCCAACUUUUUUUUCGUUUAGUUUGAUUGACAAAGAGAGAGAGUAAAGACUAUGAUGUCUCAACAAGAGUAUCCAUAUGACUUCUCACUCAUGAAAACAUCAUCAAUCUACGAAGUCUUGGAUUACUCCAUAGCAGAGCAACAUUCUCAUCCAACGGAAAAUCUAUCUUCUCUACAAGCACAAGGUGGUUUUAGUCAAGAACCGCCGCGGAAGAAAAGGAAGAGGAGGAGAACGAGAAGUGAACAAAAGAUAGAAGAGAAAGAGAACCAAAGGAUGAAUCACAUCGCCGUCGAGCGUAACCGGAGAAGGCAGAUGAAUCAUUUUCUCUCUAUUCUCAAAGCUAUGAUGCCUCUCUCUUAUUCUCGGCGUAGUGACCAAGCAUCAAUCAUAGAAGGGACUAUAAACUAUCUAAAGAAGCAAGAACAACUUCUUCAAUCAUUCGAGGCCCAAUUAAAACCCACGAAACCUAAUCAAUCGAUAAACAUAUUAUCCAACUUCUUCAACUUCCCUCAAUACUCCACCGCCACCGCCUGCGCCUCGAGCCGCCACCACCACAACGGACUUGCGGUGGUGGCUAACGUGGAAGUUACUAUGGUCGAAAUGCAUGCUAACAUUAAGGUGUUAACAAAGACUCGCCGAAGAUUGUUGUUCAAGAUGAUCAAUGAGUUUGACUCCUUAGGUUUAACUAUAUUUCAUCUCAACCUCACAACUUCCAAUAACAUGUCUCUUUUCACUUUUAGCGUCAAGGUAGAUGAAGACUGUCGCUUAACGACUACAGCUAAUGAGAUCGCAGAUGCGGUGCAUGAAGUCGUUAGCAGAAUUCACAAGGAACACUGACCUUUUUGGUAAAGGCCAAAAGAGAAGAAAAAUGAACUUUGUUUACGUUAACUUUGGACUUCUAUCUUCUAUAAAUUUACUAUAGAUUAUAUUUCUGGUUUACCUAUCUCGAUUUACACACGGAGAAAUUUAGAAAAGAAACAAAAACUUGCGUAUAAAAUAUGUAAAAGAAAGUUUCAUAUUUACAAUAAA